AUGCCUUUAAUACAUGAUUACGAGUCCGACACUCAAUCGAUGGCCAACGAUGACCUCGACGUUGAUCCCGAGAUCUUCGACGUGCUGAUCGUCGGAGCUGGUCCCUGUGGGCUCGCAGCCGCAGCCCGCAUCCGCGAAGAUGCCCCGUCCGCCAUGUUCACAGAUGAGGAGCACAGCCGAUUCCACUGGCUAAAGAAGCAUGGCACGAGAGUCGCGUUGAAACACUACAAGACGGGAAAGGAGGUUCCUGGCACCCAGCCAAAGGCGGGCAACAAGCCAGAGUACAGAAUAGCCGUGCUGGACGCAGAUGACGAUCGAUGGCUCGGACGCUGGAGGAGGCUUUUCUCUACAUACGACAUCAGUCACCUACGAAGUCCGAUGUUGUGGCACGUCGACCCUCAGCAUCGUGAUGCGAUGUUGUCACAUGCCCAUUUCCACGGGCGCGAGGGCGAACUGGUAGAGAUCCGGGGGUGUGUUGGCAAGGAGAUGACCAAACAUCAGAAGAAAAAGAGGAGCCAGUUCAGCGGCGGGAGGCAAGAUCUGAUCGACAUCAAUCAGCGUGACCAAUGGGACUAUUACACACCGUCAUUAUCCCUCUUCACCGACCACUGUGACUGCGUAGCCGAGCGAUAUCACCUGAUGGAUGGUCUCGUCCACAAAGAGCCAGUCACAGACAUCCGUUACAGCGCGGUGGAAGACAUCCCCAACAACGAGGACAAGCUAUUCACCGUGACAACCGACAAAACCGUCCGCUACGCCCGCGCCGUCAUCCUCGCCGUCGGCCCGGCCAACGACCCCGUCCUCCCCAGGAUCCCAUCCCUCUCCUUCCCAGGCCACUCAAACAACACCGACCACACCGCCUGCAUGCCGCAGGCGUGCCACAGCAUGAGGAUAGGCAAGUUCCCCGACCCGAUCGUCAUGGCCCGCGUGGCCGCCCAGAAGCGGACCAACAUCAUCGUCGUGGGCGGCGGCCUCACGUCGGCGCAGCUGUCGGACCUGGCGAUCCGCCGCGGGGUGACGCGGGUCUGGCACCUCAUGCGCGGCACCGUCAAGCUCAAGGCGUUCGACGUCGACCUCCACUGGAUGGGCAAGUACAAGACGCUGCACCAGGGUUACUUCCACCAGGCCGACUCGGACGAGGAGAGGCUCGAGAUCAUCAGGGAGGCGCGGGGCGGCGGGAGCAUCACGCCCGCGUUCAUGAAGCGGAUCAAGCCGCACAUGGCGCGCGGGACCCUCAAGAUGUUCGAGAGGACCGUCAUCACCGGUGCUCACUUCGAGGAGUGCGCCGACGGCCGGGAGGGCGGUGUCUGGAAGGUCAAGACGGAGCCGCCGAUCGAGGGCCUGCCGGACAUUGAUUACAUAUAUUUUGCCACGGGCAUCCAGUCGGACUUUACCACUCUCCCCUACCUGCAGAAUAUGCUCAAGGACUACCCCAUCCAGAGCCUCGGGGGGUUCCCAUGCCUGAACGAGGAUCUGAUGUGGAAGGACGAGGUGCCUCUGUUCAUGGCUGGAAGGCUGGCGGCACUGAGGCUGGGACCCGCCGCGCCGAAUAUUGGUGGCGCAAGAGUGGGAGCUGAGCGCAUCACUCUUGCUCUCGACCAGAUCUUGUCCAACACCGGCAGCGACGAGCCGAAGCGGUACCUGGUCGAGGAGGAGGAAUUGUUGGGCGGCCGGCGAGACAGCGGUGUUGGCUUGUUCAACUAUGCUUCCGGGACAGGGAGCAAGUUCAGUAGCCUGGAGGAGGUUUCUGACUGA